AUAAGAGUUUAAAGUUUAAACUCUAAACUUAUACUUUUGGUCGAUCAAAGUCUCCAAGUUCAGUUCUGGAUUGUACAAUUGAGUUUUCGGACAACACUUGAGUGAAGUAUAAUGCGAAAUCUUCAUAAAGAAUAUUUGUGUUAUUAGACUCCUCUCUCAGUUAAGUAGCCAAUUUGAAAUCAACCACAAAAUGGCUUUAAGGGCCGCAACCGCUCGCUUACAGUUGAGAUCGCUAAUGACUGGAGCACACAUUCCGCGUGGAAACCAGCCUAUAAUGAAUCGUAUGAAGCACUUUGACAAUAAGCAACCACCAAUUGGCAAACAAUAUCAACAAAAUGGCAAUAGUAUACUACGUACAAUUCGUAAUGGAAUUGCUAUCGGCGUCGCAAUUGGAGUCGGAUAUUAUUAUUUUAUGGGUUUCGAACGUAAACUGCCCGGUUCAAUAGUGAACACCCCUACGCAAACGACAAUAAUACAGGACAUACCCGAUAUCAAAGUCACACGUGAAGUGCGGUAUAAUGAUGAUCAGAAAGCAGAUUUAAUUUUAUUUCAAUACCCUACUUGCCCGUUUUGUUGCAAGGUUCGAGCAUUUUUAGACUAUUUCAAAGUAUCGUACGAUAUAGUCGAAGUCGAUCCAAUGUUGAAACAACAAAUUAGCUGGUCGACUUAUAAAAAAGUUCCAAUUCUGCUAGUUAAGUUGAACGACGGAUAUAUACCACUUACAGAUAGUACAAUGAUAAUAUCGGCAAUGGCUACGUAUUUAAAAAACAAAACCGUCAGCAUCGAAGAGGUCGCAAAUUAUUAUCCAUCGGUUUCGUUCAUAGAUGCCGAUGGCAAGAGAAAAACCGAUAUUAUGAACAAAUAUUUCAUAAUGAAUAUCAAUGAAAACAUGAAAGCCGAGCAGCUUGAAAUUGACAAUGAAAGAAAAUGGAGACAAUGGUCGGACGAAGUUUUAGUACACGUGUUGUCACCAAAUGCUUACCGUACACUGUCCGAAGCAAUAGAUUCAUUUAAAUGGUUUUCCAUAGCCGGUCAAUGGGAAAAAAACUUCCCAGUUUGGGAAACUACGUUUAUGAUUUAUGGAGGCGCGUUCAUGAUGUGGAUGAUUAGCAAAGGGUUGAAAAAAAAAUAUAAAUUAAAAGACGAAGUACGUCAAUCGUUAUACGACGAAUGCAAUGUAUGGGUGAAAGAAAUUAGGAAAAAAGGAGACAAAUUUAUGGGCGGCGAAUCACCAAAUUUGGCAGAUUUAGCGGUUUACGGAGUCUUAUCGAGUAUUGAAGGCUGUGCAGCUUUUAGUGAUGCCUGUCAAAAUACCGAUAUAAAAAUUUGGUACGGUAAUAUGAAAACCGCUCUUCAGUAAUGUCGUCGUUCCUAUUGUGUUAUCGCGUGUGUGUAAGAAAUAAACAACUAUAUGUUAUAGUGUAAAAAUGUAUUUUUUAAAUCUAGUGUUGUUUUUGUUGUACUUAUUUUGGAUUAAAUGUCAAUUGUUAAGUAAGGAACCGUGGUUUUGAAAGCCAGAUAUUUUAACUUGUUAAAACUGUAUUAAUAAUUUGUUCCAUUUAAGAGGACGUCAUACCGCCAAUUUUAAACGGAAAAAUAAACUCACUACCAAAAGA